CCAUUCCAGUUGAGGGAAGGGAACCAAUGGGCGCCACCUUGAAUGAGGGCAAAGGCCUCUCCCUCCCUGUGCCGCUGCUGCUGUCGGUGCCGCCCCAACCAUUAAGGCCGCAGAGGCGCCGGGGUCGCGUGGCCCUUUGGCGCGGGAAACGGCCGAAACCUCGCGGGAGCGGAGGCUGGGGCCGUGGAAAGGAUGCCAAAGAAGAAGCGGAAGAUUGCAGAUAGGCUUGAUCCACAGGGCCAGAAUCAAGAAGAAGAAGACUCAAGAAAACUAUCAGAUAUCAACUUGAAGAGCAGUUUUGUAGAUGCAUGCAUUGUUAUAUCUGAUAGUGAUGGAGAGCAAGAGUCAAAAGAGGAACACAGCCUGCAGAAGAAGAGAACAAAGCAGAAGCUGGAUAGAGCGAAGUUUGCAGCAAAAAGAAAUAUUGCACAAAUGACAGAAGAUGAGCAGUUUGCUCUGGCUCUAAAAAUGAGUGAGCAAGAAGCCAUGCAAUUGAACUCCCAAGAAGAGGAGGAGGAAGAGCUUCUGAGAAAAGCUAUUGCAGAGAGCCUAAGUAGCUGCCAGCUUCCUGAAUCUUCUGCUGCAGCUGCUGUGCCUCUCCUUUCUCCAGCACCAGGGUCUCCAGCACAAAGCCAUCCAGCUGAACAGGAGGAUCCUGAGCCCCUUGCAGCUGUGCCGCCUUGCACCCACUCUCUUUGCUUCGGGUGCAGUUCUCUCUCACCCAGCAACCCAGAUGAUGAAAAUGGACAGGCAGAUGUCGCCAAGAGGCCCUUCGUAGUACUAACGAGGUUAAGCCAGGAGAUCGUGGAAAGCUCGCUAGUGUCUAGCAUAAUUGUAUCUCCAGGGAAGAGCCAGCCUUUUGCAAGGUCAAAUGAAAACCCUUCCUCACCAGCAGGGAGCAGUUCCAGUGACACAUUACUUACUCAAGGAGAUGACAUGCCUAUUACCUUGAGUCCCACUUUUCCCCAAAAGCAGUCGGGCGUUUGGCCCCUGGUGCCUCAAAGACUGUUUUCAGGAAGGUGCAACAACCUGUCAAAGCCAACAAAUGAGCAAUUCCAGAGUUGCUCAGAAAGAGACUCCCUUGCUGGUUGCUCACAAGACCUCGGCAUCCUGGACCACCCUAACCAUCAGGAUUCUCAUCUUGAACAUCGUUUUGGGCCUAGCAAGAAGGCAUUUCUUUCAAGUGGGCCUGUGCAAAAGACUGGCACAUCUGAAAACACCACACCAGUUUAUUCACUUCAUAUGGCUGAUAAGGAAUCCCAAAAAGAAGAAAAAGACAUGGUGCACUAUUACUGGGGUGUUCCCUUCUGCCCAAAAGGCAUAGAUCCCAACAAAUAUACCCAAGUUAUUCUAUGCCAGCUUGAAGUUUACCAGAAAAGCCUGAAGCAGGCUCAGAGGCAGCUCCUGCAGAAGAAGGCCUUUGGGGAGCCCGUGGUUCCCAAUUCAGGUUCCUUGAGGCAAAUUGAACAUGGAAAGGAGGAGGAUGUUUUUAGGAGGAGGGAAAGUACAGAUGAGCAGGAAGGAUGUGAUGCUGAUGAGAAAAAGGAGCCAGAGCGUACUGCCUGGCUUCCAUCGUCAACAAAUGGAGAGAUUAACAAAAAUCCAGAGAAGAACGUAAGGCAGGCAAGAAAUUAUGAGGGUGAAGAUCAGCCAACAAGUGGCUCUUCUCAGGCCUCCCAAGUAUUGUUUGCAGAAGAUGUGCGUGAAGAGAGAGAGCCCAUGCAGAUAACACAGAGCAUUUCUGCCUUGACCCCCCUGGACAGUAAGAGAAGCCCAGAUAUUUCCACAGAGAAUCGUGCUGAGGAAGAGAUCACUGUUUGCCCUGAGACCCAGCCGAGUCCAUCGCAAGCUAUCGAGCCCGAGAGCAGAGAAAUCCAUUCAUCCAGCAAAGAUGUCUCUCUGCAGGCAGAUGCAGAGGAAGAUGUUGCAGAGAACAAGUCUGUCCAGACUCCUCCAUUUGAAGAUCUCAUGUCAUGUCCUCUUUGCGAUCACAGAUUCCCCAUUUCAGAAAUUGAGCUACAUGCCAUGAAUUGUAAUGGCACAGGAGGAGAUGCAAAUGAAGAUGCUCCAGUGAUGACCCGACAACAGAAAGAAGCCAAGAGUAAAGUUGCCAUUUCAAAAAAAACACCGGAAUCUGUAGACAUUGACAAGUCUGAGAAGUGUUAUAUCUGUAAGGCUCUGGUGCCUUGGAAAGCAUAUCAGAGACAUGUUGAUGGCUGCCUUAAGAGUCAGAAUAACAGUGGGGCUCAGGAGCGCCGGACACGGUUGCGACGGGGAAAGGAGGAGGGAAGAAGUGAAGGCCGACUCCUGAACAUAUUAGAGCAAUCCGAACACAAGGCUGCAGAUGGACCAACAGCACUUGAUGCAGAGGCUGCUGACACACCACCUAAAGGAGAAGACUCAAGCAUGGCCAAUACAGACAAUGGGGCUGAGUGCAGUCAGAACAUCUGGACCUCUUUCCCUCAAGCAGCUUGCAGUGAUUCUCCAAUCAAGUCUUUUACCUCCAUUUCUGAAGCCAAAGACUGCCUAGUGGACUUUAAAAAACAGCUGGCCAUUGGUUCAGGCAGUCGGAAACAAACCAAAACCAGUCUCAGGAGCAAGAAGAAAUUCUGAGUGUUGUGUAAUGGAUAAGAGACCUGAAAAGAGACUAUGUAGGAAGAACUGCUAUUCCUCUGUUCUUGCCUGGCAAGAAGAGCACAAUUCCCCACCCAGCUUCAGAUUCCCCUCUGUACAUUUUGUAUGAACUUUACAGAGAUUUGUCAUGUAUUGAAUAGAUUGUGUCCUUUAUAGAUGCAUUUGCAGCCUUGAUUUUCAAUUAGAAAAGACAGUGAAAUAUAUUUAUUCUGUUUUUA